UUUUAAAGAACGCGGUUCUUUGAACGUGCUCCAACAAUUGCCUCUCGACAAGAAAAAGCUUGGCGUAGUCGUAGCAUCAAUAGGAAAUGAAGGAAUAGGGCUGAGUUACCACGGAGCCAAGCUCAACAUCCCCGUGAUCGUAGUGAUGCCUAUCACUGUACCAAUUGACAAACUACAGAGAUGUCACUACUUCGGGGCAAAGGUGGUCGUCCAGGGAACUAACUUGAUGGAGGCUCAAAAAUAUGCACGAGCUCUAGCGAGAGAUAAAGGCCUCACAUACAUAAAUGGACGGGACCACCCACACAUUCUUGCCGGCUACGGCAGCCUUGCUUUGGAAAUUCUGGAAACAACGCCGUUUUUGGAUGCAAUAGUAAUACCCGUGGGGUCCGGAGGAUUAGCCGCUGCUGUGGCGACCGUCAUAAAACACCAAAAACCUAAUGUACUCGUUUAUGGGGUGCAACCCGAGUCAAUGCCUACAUUUUUCAACUCAUUGGAAAGUGAAGAGAUGGCCACUCUACCAACGACAAACAACCUGGCAGAUGCUAUAACAGUCAACGCCAUCGGAUGUAACGCCUUUGCCACUGCAAAGCCACUUUUGGACAAAAUGCUCCUUGUCAAGGAUGACUGGAUAGCUCGAUCAAUGUUGCACUUGACCGAGAGAGAGAAAUUCGUGGUAGAAGGUGCUGGAGCAUGCACACUAGCUGUUGUUAUCGGAAACCUGGUGCCAGAACUCAAAUUAAAAAAUGUGGUAUGUCUUCUUACUGGAGGAAACUGUGACAACGUUAUGCUGACGCGAUGCUUAGAAAGAGGAUUAGCUGCAGAAGGACGCCUGGUCAAAUUUAGAGUUGGUGUCAGGAAUGACCCCAUAUCCAAGGCAACCCUGAUGAAACUCCUCGCAAACGGGGGAUACAACAUGCAUCGCCACUACCAAGACAACUCGUGGACACAAGACGAGGAUUAUUUCGUUGAGAUGAGAAUGGUGUGUGAAACAAAGGGAUUGGAGCAUGCUUUAGAAUUAAAAAGGAUGAUAGAGAAGGCAUACCCAUGCACCUCUAUUUUCGAGACGGAACCAUUUAAUGACAGAAGGACCUGCCCUUGCUAUGUCAGAAAACAAUAAAGAUUUAUUCUACGCUCACACAAUCUGAUAUUUAUAACGUAAAUCAAUAAACCAAAUUACAGUCAA